CGCAAACCCAGUCUUUCCCAAGGAAGUAUAGAAAGCUUUGCUCUGAACUGGGCAAAAUCCAGUCUGACAAUUGCCUGUACUGCUCCUUUCACCUCUAUCGGCUCGAUCUGUGGCUAUUUAAGGCAUGGAUUACGCCAGUCAAAGGGAUAUGAGCAAGCAGCUUGUGAACACUCCUGAAGCGGUGGCUCCCGGGCCCAAUGAGGGUGCGGGAGCUGCGAGAACCGGCCCCGAGAAUGAGCCGCAAAGCGCCCUCCCGCAAGCGCCCGCCGCCACCGCCAGGCUUCCCCGGUCACUCUCCAACGACAGCAAAGCCCUUCUCUCCGAAGAAGCGAAACCAAAUGAGUUUGAGAGGACCAAAGUCGGGAUCUGCAAGCUCAGCAGCACCCCGGUGCAAGCCAACUCCACCCUCCGGAGGGAAUCUGUGGAAACCUUCCCCUGCAAGCCGAGCCCCGGGGCAGGGAUUGCCGGGCAAGCUGCGAUCCCUCAUUGCAAAAUUCCCGCUUUGCAAAGCACAGACGGGGACGCUACUCUGAGCCUUGGUAAGAGCACGCUGGAGCAAAACAACGCCACGGGCGCCUGGGUGACCUUGAGCCAGAGCACGGUGGUGCUGGGCACAGACGGCAACACUUCUGUUCUUCCUGGCAGAGUGGAGGGGGAAGACGAUGUGGGGGAUGAAAAUAAAGCCCGAGGGAACUGGUCUAGCAAGCUGGAUUUCAUCCUCUCCAUGGUGGGUUAUGCAGUGGGGCUGGGCAAUGUCUGGAGGUUCCCGUACCUGGCCUUUAAGAAUGGGGGAGGUGCGUUUCUCAUCCCCUAUUUGAUGAUGUUGGCUCUAGCUGGGAUCCCCAUUUUCUUCCUGGAAGUCUCCCUGGGGCAGUUUGCUAGUCAGGGCCCCGUGUCGGUCUGGAAAGCCAUCCCCGCCCUGCAAGGCUGCGGCAUCGCCAUGCUGAUCAUCUCGGUGCUGAUAGCCAUUUAUUACAAUAUUAUUCUGUGCUACACGCUUUUCUACCUUUUCGCCUCCUUUGCGCCCGUGCUCCCCUGGGCUUCCUGUAACAACCCCUGGAACACGCCAGACUGUAAAGAUAAAAACAAACUUUUGCUAGAUUCCUGCAUCAUUGGCGACCACCCAAAAAUACAAAUCAAGAACUCUACUUUCUGUAUGAGUGCCUAUCCAAAUCUAACCAUGGUUAACUUCACCAGGGAAGGAAACAAAACAUUUGUCAGUGGGAGUGAAGAAUACUUCAAGUACUUUGUAUUGAAGAUUUCAGCAGGGAUUGAAUAUCCUGGUGAGAUUAGAUGGCCCCUGGCAUUAUCUCUUUUCCUAGCCUGGGUGAUUGUUUAUGCCUCCCUUGCUAAAGGAAUCAAGUCAUCAGGAAAAGUUGUGUACUUCACAGCUACAUUCCCCUAUGUGGUUCUCAUCAUCCUUCUCAUAAGAGGAGUAACUCUCCCUGGAGCUGGAGAUGGCAUCUGGUACUUCAUCACACCCAAGUGGGAGAAGCUGAUUGAUGCUAUGGUUUGGAAGGAUGCUGCCACUCAGAUUUUCUUCUCCUUAUCUGCUGCAUGGGGAGGUCUAAUUACCCUCUCUUCUUACAACAAAUUCCAUAAUAACUGCUACAGGGACACAUUGAUAGUCACGUGUACCAACAGUGCCACAAGUAUAUUUGCAGGUUUUGUCAUCUUCUCCGUUAUUGGCUUCAUGGCAAAUGAACUCAAAGUGAAUAUUGAAGCUGUGGCGGACCAAGGUCCUGGGAUUGCUUUUGUGGUUUACCCAGAAGCCUUAACUAGGCUGCCACUCUCUCCCUUCUGGGCUAUAAUAUUCUUUUUGAUGCUUCUAACUCUUGGAUUAGACACCAUGGUAAACUGCUUUUGUGUCAGUGCACGAUUGCAAAGAUUUUGUGAAGAUAUAGAAAUGAUGAUUGGAUUCCAGCCAAGUAAAUUCUGGAGAGUCUGUUGGGCAUUUGUGACCCCAACUAUUUUAACAUUUAUUCUCUGCUUCAGUUUUUACCAGUGGGAACCCAUGACUUACGGAGCUUACCACUACCCAGGCUGGUCCAUGGUGCUCGGGUGGCUGAUGCUGGCCUGCUCAGUCAUCUGGAUCCCAGUUAUGUUUGUGAUAAAAAUGCAUCUAGCCCCAGGAAAAUUUAUUGAGCGGCUCAAGCUGGUGUGCUCCCCACAGCCCGACUGGGGCCCGUUUCUGGCCAAGCACCGCGGCGAACGGUACAGGAACAUGAUUGAUCCGCUGGGAACCUCCUCCCUGGGACUCAAACUGCCAGUGAAGGAUAUGGAACUGGGGACCCAAUGUUAAUAAUUAUUUUAAAAGGGUGGCAAUAACACUGUCAGCCUUUGCUGAUUUUUUUUUCCAUUUUUUUUUUCACCCACUGCUUCUUCUUUUCCACAGUGCCUGAAAGUGGUUGCUUAGGAAAGCAGGACUUAUUGUUGCAUGCUAGAGGGGAGGCCUAAUGAGACCACUUUCAGGUGUAGGUGAUGCCUGUGACAUGUUCUGUACCCAGUGACACAGAAAAAGCCCUGUGUGUGACAGGUGACAUAAUCAGGUGUUGUCAGGUGAUGUAGGAACAAACAAAACCAAACCAAGAAAUCUUUAGAGGUGUCCAGUUUGACCCACUUCCCACAAGCACCCUUUGUUAACAGGCGGCUGUGAUGGGACUAGGAUUUUGCUACCAGUGUAUUCCAAGGAAGGUUCAUCCCUCAAAUAUGAUGGAAGUGAGGAAAGAAUGGGAUCUCCUGUAGUCCUGAUGUAAAUUCAGCAUAAGGGUCCCGUAGCAAUGGGGCUGCUUCUAUACUGACAGCCAACCUUGACCCAUCAUGUCUGCAGAUUUCCUUUAUUAUUUAUACUAACUUGGAGAGAUUGUUAUGUUAUUUAAACAAGUGGUGACACUUGAAACAGCACACCAGGAAGCAAUAUAUGGGAUGAGAACAGAAACACAAUAAUCCAUUUGUAGAAAAAUACGAACAAAGUUUUUAAAAAUGAUCAGUUGAGAGACUAAACUGCAUUUGAGUAUAGAAGUGGUUUGGAAAUGGUGUCAGAAUGAGCUGUAUGGGCAUCACUGUUAAAAGUCCUGUCAUAUGUUUUUUUGAUAAUUUGAUAUCUGUCAUUUCAACUAGGAAUGCUUCAGUUAUACAAAGUGUCUGACAACUUGCUCCAUGCCAGUGCAACUGUGAUUUUACUCACCUCGCUCCAAUACUCUGAAUAUAUUUUUCCUUUUUUCUCUGCUUUUGUUUACAGUAUCUCCUCAAAAAGCCAUCAUAUAAUUUGUGCCUAACUUUGUAUUCUUACAGUGGUAAGUGUAGUCUAGUUACCACCUGAAAACCCUUGUUGGAUGUGCUGUUCAACUUUGUGACUCCCUGUUCAUUUGCCUAUAAGCACCUUUAUAUAACCUAUAACCUUUAGAUGGUGUAUUCUUCUCUUUCAACCAACGGGGAAAUAGCAGGACCCCACUUGUCUAUAUAUUAUAUAUAUGGCACGUAAAUUCUUCAAAGCAGUAUUCUCUCGGAAACAUGCAUAGGGUAUUUUUUUCAUCAAAAUAUUUUCAUUAAAUAAAAAUACUCAAAUCCACAAAUCCACAAUAAUUAACCACUGCAGUCAUCCACACACAUGCAACAUUAGAUAUAGAAAAUGCAAGGGUUGGGGGGAAAGGACAAUUUAGUAGAGGGCCAUCAUAGCAUUGCAUAGCAGUAGGGCAUCCUAAAUCAUUACAUUUUAGAAAUCAGAUAUAUGCACUCAUAGGAAUAUUAGAUUUAAAUAGUUUUGUUACCUAUUGGACAGAGUAAAAAAAUAGAGCUUUUAAAGAGUACAUUUAUUUACCUAAAUAGAAAAUUAGCCCAACUUAUUGUAAAUGCACUAGAAUGAGGGAGAAAAAUAUAUCUUCAAUAAUUGGCAAAACUUAAUCUUUAUUAUCUUGUUAUAUCCUCUACAUACAUAUAUGAUAUUUUUUAACAGUGAUCAGUGUUCAUGUAGUGUGUGCUAGUGAUGUUUUAUGUCCCUAUAAAUAUCUUACCAAUCAGUGUAGAAAUGAUGAGCUUAGUAGUUUAGCCAGUUUUUUCCUCCCCACAGACACUGCUGUAGUAGUCUGUAAAUGUUCUUUCCUUUCAAGGGACAAUUUCUAUCCUGGUUUUUUGUCUGUCUGUCUUCAUAUUACAGGGUCUCAGGUAAAUCCUCAGUUCAUGUGUGUCCAUAGGUCAGUAGGUGUGUUGUUUUCAUUCUGUUGAAGAAAACAAAAAACUAAACCUUAAAGUAACACUUCCACAAAUUGUUAACUCCUUUUCUCUCUGUGUGUGUAUAUAUAUAUAUGUGUAUGAAAUAUAUUAAUCAUUUCGCUGAAAUUCCUCUUUCACGGGGCAAUUAGUGUUGCCAGUUCUAGGCACUGCUGGAGAUCUUUAAUUCUCACACAGAACAAGUGAAGCACUAUCAGGGGUUGUCAAGCAGGACAGGGAGGGCAGGUUCCACAAUAUUUUACACUGACCCCUGAAUCUCUGCUCCGUGGGCUCUUGUUGGUUCCUGUCUCACACAGCAGCAGGACAGGACUGUCCUGUGAGCUUCUCUGCCUUAAAGCUGUUCCCCUUGCUUCAGCUUUGCCUGCUAUUUAAAUAAAACUCUUGCUAUUCUUACUUCUGGCUUUUACUUUCCUGACAGAGGCAGGUUUGAGAAGCGGUGCUCUGUUUGGCCUCAUGAAGGUCCAUAAGGAUGAGCUGGAAACUUGAUUUCCACGUCUGGGUGGGGCUGAGGUACCUUCUCUGGGUGCAAAAGAAACCUAAGUCAGCACCUCUCUGGGAAUUAUGUGUUUCUGUUAGGAUAAAUCACUCUGGGUAUCUCUUAACCAAUAUUCUCUCGCAUCUUGGUUUGAUUUUUGGAGUCCAAGCCAAUUUGUCUUCGCUACUACUGUCAUUUAAAAACAACAGCAUAUAUCUGUAAGUUUGGUCCUCUUUGAAAAAGAGAAAACAGUGAAAUGGUUUGAGAGUACUAAAUCCUUUCACUUACUGGCUUGUGUCAAGGCAUGCCUUGGAACUGGGAUUGCACAUUGCCAUAGAGUUCCCUCAGUGUAAGGAUAUCAGUUACUGCCUGCCUGAAUUAUGAAAGAGAUAUCAUUUGAAGGAAUACUGCUAGGAUAUGAUAUCUUUUGGCUUGGAUUACCAAACCAGACUGCAUAUGAAAUUGCAACUGAAUUGCUUUCCAUGAUUUAUGUAAUUAAUCUGCUUGCUUUUAAUUUAGAUGUUGUUCCUGUGCCUGCUAAGUCAUUAGCACAGGAUUAGGCUUGAAUUUGAGACUCUGUAAACAGAUGACUGUGAUUUUUUUUGCUAGCUGAUCUUUGUCUUCAGCUUUGACCCCAUUGCUAGGCUUGCAAAAACCUUUGGAAAAGGGGAGAAAUGCAUACAAAAAAUCACAUAAGAUGUGAAGUUUUCACUAUAUGUGAAAGGCAGGGUUUUAUUUUGGUCACAUGAGACUUUUUCUAAAGUAUUUUACUGUCCAAAUCUGAAAGUUGAGAUUAAAUUAACCAGCAGUGUCUUCUUUAAAUUACAAGUUACCUUGACAUUUGGGAAUGCACUUCAUUUACCAUGUUCUAAGGAAAGUUUGCAUGUACUUUGAUAAUUUUCUAAAAAUAAAUUUAGUAACUGAUAGCAUAACAGUGAAGAUCUUUAAAAUAAAAAAGGAGGGGAAAAAGCCAUAUUAGUAAAAAUGUAAUAUAUGUACUUUCAGAUCUAUCUAUCUAUCUUGUGAGUAAAAAAUGUUUAAAUUUGGUGAAACUAUGAUGCAUAUUUUUUCUUUGAAAUUAAAUUGAAUUUCUGGAUGAGCUGAGAUGCAUUAUUGUAUGCAUUAAAGAUUAUACCUAAUGCAAAUGCUUGCCAUCUUCAAAUUCUUUGGGGUCUUCCUAGUGUUUUUCAUAUGCAAUGUUCAAAACCUGUGUUUCAGCUAGACAAGGCAGCACUUUGUUUCCAAAAGAAGGG